AUGGAUGAGUUUGCGGAGUGGGGCGAGGGCACGACUGGUGUCGUUGCAGCAGAGAGCACUUACACCGAGGGGCUCGACCUCGAUGAGUGUCGUGAGCAGCUGUGGCGGCGCAAUCAGCGCGAUGCCGUUGUGUGCCUAGUUGACUGCAACGAGGGCAUGUUCGGAGUGCUGCCAGCUGGCGAGUCGGCGAAGACGACGCAGGCUGGUAAAAACGGAGCGAGUGCACCGGCGCACACUCGUGGUGUCGCGAAACUCGCACUACCCACCACUGGCCAGGAGGUAGCUAUGAGUAGUGGUGCUACGGGGGGCUCGAACGCCGCCGUCGGCUCGUCCCCUUCUUUCUUCUCCAUGACGAUGCAGUGCAUCCUCGCACUGCUAAAAGAGAAGAUGAUGUGCGGCAGCAAGGACGUCGUGGCGAUCGUGUUGUACAACACACGAACGUCAGCCCCCUCGACGGGCUUCCGCGGGGUUUACGUGGUGCAGGAGGCCACUCGCAUCGGCACGGAAUGCAUGCAGAAAGUGGAGCAGCUGGAGGCAGCUGGCGCUUCCGGAUCCGCCGCGUACGAGGAGUUUGAGACGCACAUCGGUCACUGGUCCACUGCAUCGACAUCCCCCGCUCUCGCCGCGGCGUCUGCGACUAGCGGUCGCGCAGAAACAAAGGCUGCUCUUCCGGCAGCUUUGACCGCCUCUCCCGCAUUCAAGUUCAGCGAAGCACUCUGGGAGGCAGAGCGCAUCUUGCUGAGCCUCCGCAGCGUGCAGGCUAUUCGCCAUCGGCGCCUCUUCGUCUUCACAAACCGCGACGACCCGAGCGGCGGUGACGCGCAUGAGUGGAACCUGUGCCGCAGCCGCGCAUGCGACCUAGGCAAGGAAGGUGUUGUGCUCGAAGUUUUCGGCUUCGGCAACGCCGGCAGUGGUGGCGGUCUGCGCACAAGCAGCACCUCUACAGUCGCAGGCACGGCGACGAACGCCCGUCGGGACGGGCAGCCGAUCUCCUCCCCGACGUCAGUAGGCGCAGACGGUACCGGCAGCAGCAGUGGCGGCAGCUCUGCGCGUCUGCUUUUUGCCGUUUCCAACCAGCGUGGUCAGUCGCUUGAUCCUGCCGCUGCCACUACGAACACCACUAUCGACCAGAGGGGAUUCGGUCAGUCAGACUCGCCGUCUCCGACCGCAACGGGCUUUGUGCAAGACUUCUUCUGGGGUCCAUUACUGAGAGAGAUGCAGGCGGCCGCUGCGCGAUUUCGUGCCAGUGGUGACGGUGACGAUUUGGCGGCGCUGGCCGAAGCCCGCAGUGAGGCCUUCGUGAGCGGUGGUGAGGGUGCAAUCCACAUGAAUGCUGGCUCUGGAGCGCUGGAGCAGCUGCUCGGCUCUGUCGUGCGUCGCGCACAUCCGCAGCGGCCCUUUCAGCACUGCCUGCUUCGCAUCGGUGGUCUCUCUGGAGCGAGCGCGAGAGAUGAAGAGCAGGCGCCGCGAGCUGCUGCCGUGCCGCGGAUGGCUGUGAGCCUGUACAUUCCUCUCAUGCGCGCUUGCCCUCCGCAGCGAGAGUGGCUGGAUGGGCGCACGAACCGCAUGCUGCGCCGCGUCGUUCACCUAAGUGCGCGUACCACCGCAGCUGGCCAGGACAGCGAUGGGGUCGGUGCGGGGCACAAAGAAGGGGACAGCGGCAGCCCCACAAAGCAGCUGCAACGCCUCUGCAACGAAAAGAAUUGCACGAGCGAGUCGAUGAUGGGGCAGGAAGACGUGCACCCCAACGGUCUUUGCUACUACGCAUCAGUUGGCAAGGAUCGCGUCUACUUCACCAGCGAGGAGCGCAAGAGAAUUGUGGAGUUGGCGGCAACCGGGACGGAGCCUGGCUUCACGGUGUUGCUAUUCAAGGACCUCGUUGACGCUGUGAAGCGGGAGCAUGUGGUGCGACGGAGCUUUUUCCUUCAUUCGUGCGUGCAGCGCGGGGGUGCCCACUCGCAUCGCCUGUUUGUCCUCUUUGUGCGUCGGCUGCGUGCCAAGCAGAAGGUGGCGAUUGCACAAUAUUGCAGCUCAACCGCCACAGCGCCGCGCCUUGUAGCUCUGGUGCCAUCGCCAGACCUCACAGCGCAUCCUGAGAUGCGCGAUCAGGUGCCAGUGGAUGGGAUGGGGCUCUACGUGGUGCCUCUUCCGUACGCCGAGGAGUUGCGCGCCGUACCGGAGCUGUGCACGUGCACGCUUGUCGACAAACACGCCACCCCUGUACUGGCGGACAGCUCCGUUGAUCCAACGCACCUCGAACUUGCAAAGCAGCUUGUGAAUGCGCUGACAGUGUCCUACCAAAUAGAUGCGGUGUUCAAUCCCGCGCUCCAGCGGCAGUACCGCAAACUGCAAGACCUCGCCCGACAACUCUUCCCGCUGGCAGACAGGCCCUUGCACCCCGGCGGUGGGACUGCUGCGGCGAAGGCGGAGGAGGAAGGUCCUUCUACGGAUGACGCAGAGAAGCCGCUGCAGGAGUUGGACAACACCCUUCCCGACUACGAGGGCAUGAAAAGCUUCGCAGCGCUCUUCCAGAGCUUCAACAAAGAGGUGUUGGGAAAAGACUACAACGCUUUCCUGUACUGCCCACAGCCGCGCGUGGCAGGCUCGGCGACGCGCCGCCCGCGCGACGGCGCAGCAGGGACGGCUGCAGCCUCCGCCGAAGAGGAUGGCGGUCAUGUACCCAUCGAACAGCUGAUUCGCCGCGCUGCCGCUGAGAAUGCGUGGGAUUGCUUGAUCAUACCUCAACUCAAGGAGUACCUGGCGACUGCAAACGUGGGCUCCGGCGGGGCAAGACGCAAGGCGGACCUGAUCGAGCUUGUCAAGCAACAUUUUCCGUUGCCAUCGUAA